CGAGGAGACAAACGCUGGAACAGGAAGUUCCUGCAGAACAAGCUAGGCUAGGAAGUUGUGGGUUUACCAGACAUUCAACAUCGAAGUUACAAUGGGUCUCUUCGGGAGAACGCAGGAGAAACCACCAAAAGACCUGAUAAAUGAAUGGUCCCUCAAAAUCAGGAAGGAAAUGAGAGUGAUUGACAGACAAAUUCGAGACAUUCAGAGAGAAGAAGAAAAGGUCAAGAGAUCUAUCAAAGAUGCUGCUAAAAAGGGCCAGAGGGAUGUGUGUACCAUUCUUGCAAAAGAGUUGAUACAGUCAAGGCGGGCUGUCAGCAAACUCUAUGCUUCCAAAGCCCAGAUGAACUCUGUACUACUCAGCAUGAAGAAUCAGCUUUCUGUACUGCGUGUUGCUGGAGCCCUUCAGAAGAGCACAGAGGUCAUGAAAGCCAUGCAGAGCCUGGUCAAGAUCCCAGAGAUCCAGGCCACCAUGAGGGAACUAUCAAAGGAGAUGAUGAGGGCUGGAAUUAUUGAGGAAAUGCUUGAGGACACGUUUGAAAGCAUGGAAGAUGGAGAAGACAUGGAGGAGGCAGCAGAGGAAGAAGUUGACAAGAUCCUCUUUGAGAUCACAGCAGGUGCACUUGGCAAAGCACCCAGCAAAGUCACAGAUGCCCUACCUGAAAUGGAGCCUGCUGGAGCCACUGCAGCUUCAGAAGAUGAAUCAGAGGAGGACAUUGAAGAGAUGCAGUCGAGAUUGGCGGCCUUGAGGAGCUAAGAUGGUCUGCUUCUGUCCUGUUGACGCUGUUAUGAGUGCCCAGUAAUGGACAGAGACACUUUUGGUGUAGGGUUUACCUAGCGUACCCUCUCUGUUUCAUUAUUGUUUUUUCACAUAAUCUACAUGGGUUGGCAGACAAAUGUUGUUUUUUGUUGAAAAGGCUCUUUUCGAUUCUUCGCUCUGGUCAGCGUGAAUGAGAUGUUAUAUUAUUUUUUUCAUCAUGGCUGGGUAAGCCUUGGUAAGUCGAGAUAAUAUCCAAAGCAUGGUGUAACCAUCCAUCGUAACAUAAGACAUUUGUAUGUCAUGAAAGUAUAAAAAAAAAAUGCCUGUGCCUACAAGGCAUACACAUAUCGUUGUUCUGUCCCAAUCUGGGGACCAGUGGUGGAGGAACUUGGGUGCUUUUGCUCUGAACAAAGGAUGGCGUAGUGAUUGAUUGAACCCAAACUUUUUACCGAUUCGUUUAGUAGGAAUCAUUCUAGAUCGGUAAUCAGAAUCAAUCCUAAUCCGUUUUAUCUGAAUUUCAUUACACAACAUCAAACAGCUCUACCAUGCUUGUUUAAUCCAUCCACAUUAUCUGAAACACUAGAUGUAUGAGGCAGAGUUUCCUCUUUUGGUUGUUGAUUUUCUGUACAGUCUAAAUUUAUCUAUAUGCAUUGUUCUAUAUGUAAACAUGUACACUUGUCAUAAUCCAUGCCUUCUGCCCCAACGGAUUUUGUACAUUAACAUAUGGCCUGUUAAAUGUUUGACUCAAUGUCACCAUAAAGUCCUUUCUCUUCAUUUCAUUUAGCAACAGGUGAAAUGAAAUGAUUGGUUAGUACAAAACAUGUGCUUUGUCGAAUUACCUUUUUGUGUGUAUACUUUUUUAUGUGGGUGGGAAAAUAUGAAAAUAAACUUUUAAGAAUAGAGUUAGCAAUUGCCAAUAUAGAGGACCCACUGUAACCAGGGAUGCUUAUGGCAUACGACAUCCCUGAUGCUAUAAACUAGGGAGGUAGUAGUCAAUUGGGGUACCACCUAUCACAGAUUUUAUUGGAUUAGACCCACAAACGUUUUAGAUGGCUUAACAGUACAUGCUGAUUUCUCAGAUCCAGCCCUCUCUUCACCCACUCUUGGGAUUGAACACACUUGAGUUAAUCCCUAGAUAGUUCUUCAUCGUUGCAAUAAAAACUUAUUCUCAAAAUGAA